AUGGAUCUCCUGUCGAGCUUGACCCCGGCUACUGCUGGCGGACGCAGCCCUCAGAUCGUGGGUUACCGUCUUGGAUACAUUGAGCCUUCUACCUCAGUCCAGGCCCUUCGCGGCAUCGUUCAAAACCUCGAGACCCCCUCUCCUGUCCAGAACCUCGAGGUCGGAAGCUCUAAGGUCCCCACCAUCGAGACCCCCCUGGAGCAACCCCACAUUGAAAAUGCCUACCUGAAGAUCUUGGACCAGCUGUUCGGAGAGCGCCUGCACAUCGCCAACCAGCUGGACUCGAAAAACGCCGGCGUUUCCAACACCAUUGCCGCGAGCCCCGAGUAUGGAUUUGGUUCUCUGAUCGCCAGGAAGGAGCGUCGCCAGCGUUUCGCCCGGGAGGUCGAGGAGGCAUCCAAGUCCAGCACCUUCGCUACCGAGGGCCCUAAGACCUGGCUUUCGAAGUGGGCCCUGGCUGCCAGUGACCCCGCCAAGGCCAACAAGCUGGCUGCCGAUGUCAUUGCUCGCCUCUCAAACGACGGAUCUCAACUGUCGAGACAGCUGCUCGAAUCGAAGAAACUCUUCUACGAUGAAACCCACUGGCUGGUUGGAUCGGACGCUUGGGCUUAUGACCUUGGCAACUCCGGUGUCCACCAUGUUCUGGCCUCCGGUGCUAACGUGAACAUGCUUGUCAUUGACUCGCAACCGUACUCGGAGCGUGCUGCGGCUGAUGCCGCGCGCCGAAAGAAGGACAUCGGGCUUUACGCCAUGAACUUUGGCAAUGCUUACGUUGCCUCUGUUGCCGUCUAUGGUUCCUACACCCAGGUGCUUCAAGCCAUGGCUGAGGCCGAGAAGUUUGAUGGACCUUCCGUCAUUCUUGCCUACCUGCCUUACAACCAGGAGAAUGACUCCGCUCUCACCGUUCUCCAGGAGACCAAGAAGGCCGUUGACCUCGGCUAUUGGCCUCUUUACCGCUGGAACCCUGCCAACGAAGAGCAGGGCGAGCCCAAGUUCGAACUUGACUCGGAGCGUAUCAAGCGCGAGCUCGAGGAGUUCCUUCGCCGGGACAACCAAUUGACCCAGCUCAUGAACCGCCAGCCUAAAUUCUCCUCUGUUCUUUCUGAGUCCUACGGAACCGAAGUCCGUGCCCUGCAGAAGCGCAAGGCUAAGGACUCCUAUGAGAAGCUCCUUGAAGGCCUCUUCGGAGCCCCGUUGACCAUUCUUUUCGCGUCGGAUAAUGGAAACGCCCAGAACCUGGCCAAGCGGCUGGGCAACCGUGGCCGUGCUCGUGGUUUGAAGACCAUGGUCAUGGCUAUGGAUGAAUACCCGGUCGAAGAUCUGCCCACCGAGGAAAACGUGGUUUUCAUCAGCAGUACCGCAGGCCAGGGAGAGUUCCCCCAGAACGGUCGCAGCUUGUGGGAAGUGGUGAAGAACUCUGGCGAUCUGGACCUGUCUGCCAUCAACUACUCCGUGUUCGGUCUUGGCGAUAGGCACUACUGGCCCCGCAAGGAGGACAAGAUCUACUACAACAAGCCCGCCAAGGAUCUCGAUGCUCGCGUCGCCUUCCUUGGAGGCCGUAAGCUCACCGACAUUGGUCUUGGUGACGACCAGGACCCCGACGCCUACCAGACUGGCUACUCGGAGUGGGAGCCCCGUCUCUGGCAAGCUUUGGGCGUGGACAAGGUUGAGGGUCUGCCCGAAGAGCCCGCCCCGUUGACCAACGAAGACAUCAAGAUUCAGUCCAACUUCCUGCGUGGCACCAUCGCCGAGGGCUUGUUGGAUGAGACUACCGGUGCCAUUUCCGCUAGUGACCAGCAGCUGACUAAAUUCCACGGCACGUACAUGCAAGACGAUCGGGAUGUCCGUGAUGAGCGCAAGGCCCAGGGUCUUGAGCCAGCCUACAGCUUCAUGAUCCGUUGCCGACUUCCGGGCGGUGUCGCCACUCCCUCUCAGUGGCUGCAGAUGGAUGCCAUCAGCAGCUCGUGUGGUAACGAGACCAUGAAGCUUACGACGAGACAGACCUUCCAGUUCCACGGUGUCAUUAAGCGCAACCUGCGUGCCGCCAUGCGUGCUAUCAACAAGUCGCUGAUGACUACCAUUGCUGCCUGUGGUGAUGUGAACCGAAACGUCAUGUGCAGCUCGCUCCCGGAGCUCUCUGCCUACCACCGCGAAGCGCACGCUGUUGCGCAGAAGAUCAGCGAUCACCUCCUCCCGUCCACGACCGCCUAUCACGAGAUCUGGUUGAAGGACGACAACGACAAGAAGGUUCAGGUUGCCGGAGAUGCCAUUGUUGACCACGAACCGCUCUACGGACCCACAUACCUACCCCGUAAAUUCAAGAUCACGAUUGCCAUUCCUCCUCACAACGAUACCGAUGUUUACGCUCACGAUAUCGGUUUGAUUGCCAUCAAGGGCUCCGAUGGACACCUGGAAGGAUUUAACGUUCUUGCUGGUGGUGGUAUGGGUGCUACCCACAACAACAAGAAGACCUACCCCCAGACUGGCCGCAUGUUUGGUUAUGUUCCCGCUGACAAGGCUCACAUCUUCUGUGAGAAGAUCAUGCUUGUCCAGCGUGAUCACGGUGAUCGCAAGAACCGCAAGCACGCUCGUCUAAAGUACACCAUCGAUGACCUGACUGUCGAGGGCUUCAAGGAGAAGGUUGAGGCCAUCCUUCCCGACGGUCUGAGGUUUGCCGAGCCUCGUCCGUUCAAGUUUGCCUCGAACGUCGACACUUUCGGCUGGCAGAAGGACGAGAAGGGUCUCAACCACUUCACGUUCUUCAUCGAGAACGGUCGUAUCGAGGACACUGCGGAGUUCAAGAUGCGUACCGGUCUGCGUGAGUUGGCGUCUCUUGACAAGGGCGAGUUCCGUCUCACCGGAAACCAGCACCUGAUCAUUUCCAAUGUCAAGGAUGAGGAUCUUCCUCAAAUUAAGGAGCUGAUGGCCAAGUACAAGCUCGACAACACCGCUUUCAGCGGCAUGCGUCUCUCGUCUUCUGCCUGUGUCGCUUUCCCUACCUGCGGUCUCGCAAUGGCCGAGUCCGAGCGUUACCUGCCCGUCCUCAUCUCCAAGUUGGAGUCUACUCUCGAGGAGGUGGGCCUGGCCUCGGACAGCAUUGUCAUGCGUAUGACCGGUUGUCCCAACGGUUGUGCCCGACCCUGGCUUGCCGAAGCCGCCUUUGUCGGUAAGGCAUAUGGCGCGUACAACAUGUACCUGGGUGGUGGCUACCACGGACAGCGUCUGAACAAGCUCUACCGAUCUUCCAUCAAGGAGGAUGAGAUUCUGGAUAUCAUGAAGGAUCUUCUCCGGAGAUACUCCCGUGAGCGCAACACCGACGGAGAAGAGCCCGAGCGAUUCGGAGACUGGUGUAUCCGCGCCGGCGUGAUCAAGGCGACGACUGACGGACAGAACUUCCACGAAGGAGUUGCCGAAGAUGAUGAAGACGAGGAGUAG